GUUUUGCCUUUUGAUAUACUUUAACCACCUGCCGCCCACCCACAGUACACUGUGCGUGUGGGCUGCAACUCCAGGCUAAGCUACGUACUGGUACAUCGCUCAGCACAUAUGCAUUGGCACGUCCCCUGGAGUGCGCAGUGGCGUGAGCUCGUGACCGCUGUGUCUGAUCACAGUGUUCUGUAUGACCAAUCAUGGCGAUCACAUGAUUACAUCGGCCUUUUACCAUGUGAUCAGCUAUGUCCAAUAACACAGCAGUUCACAAAGUAAAUACAGUUGCCAAUUAUCAGCAGCACUUUCCU